ACGAUAUCAGGCAGACACGUACAUAAAUCAGUCUGAUCGAUAUACGUCGAUCCAUAAACUUUGUGUAAAAAUCAGUCAGAUCGGACUUGAGAGAUUCAACAAGCGAUCUCGAUCGUUCGGUAACCUCCAAUAUAAUCACUUUCCUCACUCGAAGAUCCGUUAAGGUCCUCGAAGGCAGCCCCUAAAACUCGGUCUCAACUCAUCUUCGCCUCCAUCUCAACCAAAAUGCCUAACAAAGGACCUAGAAACAGUACUGCGUCUGCUACUGCAACAGAAACGAUCCAAUAUGAGAUCUUGGAUAUCGUUCUCGCAAAGGUGAAAGGACAUCCAGCUUGGCCUGCUAGGAUUAUCGAUCCGCAUACCGCACCAACGAAUCUACAAGACGAGCGAAAAAUCGCUCAGAAAAACUCUUAUCUGGUGAAGUUUUUCCAGACAGGGGAUUAUGCCUGGAUGAAUGCAAAGGAGAUGGGCAAAUUGGAAGCAACAGAAAUCAAGGCUUUUAUCGAUAACCCAAACAAGAAGGGAGCAGAACUACGUGCAGCUUAUAAGAUCGCUCUUGACCCUACAGAUUGGGAAGCAGAGCAGGAAGCUCAAAUUCGUCGCCAAUUACAACACUUGGAGGCUCUUGAGUUUGAUGAACUAGAAGCCGGUGAGAGCGAUGAAGCCCCAGCGGUAGCUCCAAAUACGAAGGCCAAACGAAAACGUCCAUCGGAGGCCAAAGCUCCACAGGAGUCAGCCAAGAAGCGAAAAUCUGAGGUGACACGUGCCACCAACGGAUCCAAGAAUGCGAGUGCUACACCUGAGCCUACCGCUCCCUCUGCAACGAAAAAGCGAGGCCGAAAGAAAGAUGAAGCCCCCGCACCAGCUCCAGGAGUAGAGACUGUGCGCGAAUGGCGUCACAAACUUCAGAGGAUCUUCUUAGGCAAGAUAGAAGUCACAGAGGAGAUGAUGCCUGAGAUUGAUCAGACCUUCACGGAUAUUGAGGGCUUUGAAAUGAAAACCGAGUGGUUAACUGCCAGUAAACUAGGCAAAGUUCUCAAGCGAAUCGGUGCGCUUGAAGAUUCCAAGGUGCCUUUAGAUGACACAUACCACAUCCGUAGUCGAUCUCGCGAGUUACAGGAGAAAUGGCGACUGUUGCUUGGCAUCGGCGAAGAUGCUCAUCGCGUGCAACCGAAUGUAGAAGUUUCCAAUGAUCCGGCCGAGAUCCCAGCAUUACCUACUACCCCCGCUGAGGAUGCAGUCAAGAACCUGAAAGAGGAUUCGAAGGCAUUGCCAAAAGAAGCAACUGAACCGAUGGAUGUAGAUACUCCAGCACUUCCCCAGGUGAACGACAAGCCAGACACAUCAGCAAAAAGUGUACCAGAGACCUCGGACAAGCCUUCUGACGAGGACCAAGCCUCCAAGCAAAACGGAGAUUCGACGCAUGAUGUUGUGGUUUCAAAGAGUGAAACGGAAGUCCUCGAAUCUGAAGAUAAGAAGCCCGUUACUAAUGGCAAGGUCGAAGAGGACGAGGUGAUGCAAGAGGCCGACGAGACCAAGAAAGCAUCUGAGAAGGAGGAUGUGGAAACCGAGGUGGUGGUUGCCAAGGAAGAUGUGAACCUCGAUAUAGUGGCUGACGGGGAAGAUAUAAAGGAGACUCCUGCUCUGAAAACCGGGAAGCCUGAAGUGACGCCGGACGAAGAAGAUGACAAGAUGGAUUGUGGUGCUAGUCGAUAAGGAGGCCGUUGUAGCUGACGAUUGACUCGCUAUUUCCAAGUCCAAUGUAGUUAAACUCGGUAUAUAAAGAAAAAGAUCUCGAGUCUAAAUCUUAUCAAGAAACAGAAUGGAAUUGAAUGUGUUUAUAUGGGUUAGGAUCUUGAAAGAAUUGAGAAUUGGAGAAAGAGAAAUUGAGGAAGGAAGGAAGAUGAAGAUGAUUUUUUUUUUUCAAUUAUUUUCUUUCUUUCUAUUUGUUGUAUGUUGUGAUCAUCACCACUAUCGGCAGUAGUAUUCGUAGUUAUUAUAGUAGUAUACAUACAUUUAUAGAUAUUACAUAUCAAGAAGAAGAAAAAAAAUUACGCACACUGUUUGAUUUAUCUUUGAACUCGAUAUUAUUCAAGUCUUUGUUCAGGUGUGUAAUGUGGUGAGGAUUGUUGUUGGGGAUUGAAUUUAAAAGAAAUGAUUGUUUAUCUUUUUUCUUGAAUUGAUCCCUUAUAUACAUUUCUUUUUUUACUCAAAAGGUGCUUUUUUGCCAAGGAAUUUUGGUUAUGCAAUGUUGGUAUCAUAUAUGAUAUAGGAUUUUUGAUUCUUUG